ACACCCGGAGAACCACCAACCGACUCGUACACCGGACCUGUAUCUGGAGACGACGAAACAUAUCUAGACUGGCCCGGACCGGAACUGGUCAAGAAACACAUUCGACACUCGCAAAGACCCCCACGGGAACGACCUUCGGGAAACCGCGGCAACGAUGUCGGAAGGCAAGACGCUCCGCGUCUUCUGCUUCGGCGACUCGCUGACGGCGGGGUACUCGGCCUACGGCGCCGUCUACCACCCUUACUCCAUCGCCCUCACCAAGAAGCUCUCGCGGGACCUCUCGGACACGCGGGUCAUCGCGACGGACAACGGGAUGCCUGGGGACUUGGUCUCGCAAGGCGCCUUCGCUAAGCGGUUCGAGAGCGAGACGAGCCAGGCCGCGUACGACUGGGUCAUCGUACUAGGCGGCACGAAUGACCUCGCAUACAGCGUACCGCCAGAAAGGAUAUUCGAAUCCCUCCGGCAGGUUUACGACUCGGCCAUCGCCAAGGGCGCCAAGGUCCUCGCGCUGACGGUUCCCGAGUGCGCCAACCAAGACGACGAGCUCGACAGCCGCCGCCGCCAGCUCAAUAAUGCCAUCCUCACACACCAGUCACCGGACUACCACGCGUUCGACCUCAACCCCAGAAUCCCCUACCACUCCCUCACCGAGCGGGAGCGCCAGCGGUACUGGGACGAUGGUCUACACCUCACGGUCGCAGGCUACGACUGGAUGGGCACCCACGUCGCCGAGGCCCUAGGCGACCUCGUCGAACUGGAGCGGAACCCAAACUCGCGGAGGGCGCGGCGCGCGCGGCGCCAUGUCGAGGAGGAGAUUUGCUUCGACGAGGAGGACGGCGACCCGCGGUCGCUGAGCGGGGGGUACGUGUUUGUGAGGAUGAGGGACUUGAAUUAGGCACCUUGUUUUCUUCUUCUUCUUCUUCUUCUUCAAAACCCAAAUGAUGAUAAUGAUGUACCACGUGGUUUAUCUGUUCUUGAACUUCUUUGCUCUACCCACCGGCUACUAGCUUCUAGUACGCACGCAUCUCUCUCUGUGCGUGCGUAUGUGCCUGUGACGAUU